CGCCUUCCUUGCUAUCAAUGCAAACACAACACUUACCAUUCAAGAAAAGAAAGCGAAAGUCGUGCACUGUUUUCGUUGAGUUUUUACAGUGUUUUUUGGUUCAUAAGAAAAAAUGGGGUCAGUAUUAGGAACUGCUAUGGACGAAAAUAUGAAAAAGAAUCAGCAGUUUAUGGCGGAAAAUCAAAAGAUAGUGUUAGGAAGACAAAUACAGAUGCAAAGGCAAAUGCAGCAGCGUCAAAUGGCAACCAUGCUUUCAGGAUCAAGAGAGAUGUUCAAUUGGAUUGCAUCAUUUUAUGGCCUGGCUACAGUAGCUAUGUUUGCAGGGUAUAUGAAGACAAAGAAUCCUUCUAUUAUUGCACCAUUUCUUCCAUUGUCCUUCAUUGUUGGUUAUCAGGCAGAUUAUGUAUAUGGCAAUAAAAUAGAGAGAAUAAGAGAUGAAGCAGAAAGAAUCAUGAGAGAAGAACAAGGCCUUCUUCAGAUACCUAAUGGUCUGCCUACAUUUAAUGACAUUGAACAAGGAAGACUUGAUACAGAAGGCAAGACUCAACAGUAACUGAUAAACAUUCUAAAAUAUUUCCUUAAUUAUUAUUGCUAUCUUCUAUUACUCAGGUUAAACAAUUGUGUCACUUUUAUUACAUGUGUUAGUCAAAUCCAACUAGGGGUCUAUCACCCAUUCAAAAUUGGUUUUAGGGUCCCAGGAUAUUACAAAGACAAUUUCACAAGCUUUUAGGGAUUAUAUAAAGUAUUAGAACCCAGAAAAUUAAGAUUUAGUCUCUUAGAGCCUGUCUAUUAGUACGGUGACCCCCUAUUUUUUUCUUUUCAUUCAAUAACUUUGAAUGUUAAUCUUUCAUUGUGAGAAAUAAAAACACUGUCCACGCUGUGGAUCACACCAAA